AUGAAGAAAUUGGAGGAACACUUAAAUAUUACAGACGAGGAAGACUUGGUUGAACCUGAAGAUGGCGCGUGCAGCGAGUCCUCCGAGCCGUCUCUAUUGUCUUCAGCUGGCGAGUACGGAGUCAGCGCGGCGCCUCUGUCCCUGCGCUGUAGGCAGCAGCUCGCGCUGGCGUGCUCCGUGAGGCUCGAGCGCCUCCGCCACUCCCCGCGCGCGAGCCAGCCGUGUCCCGUGACGUCACACCGCGAGCCGAGCCCCGCCAGCAGUGUGCAGGACUUGACGUCACACCGCGAGCCGAGCCCCGCCAGCAGUGUGCAGGACGUGACGUCACACCGCGAGCCGAGCCCCGCCAGCAGUGUGCAGGACGUGACGUCACACCGCGAGCCGAGCCCCGCCAGCAGUGUGCAGGACGUGACGUCACACCGCGAGCCGAGCCCCGCCAGCAGUGUGCAGGACGUGACGCCACACCGCGAGCUGAGCCCCGCCAGCAGUGUGCAGGAUGUGGCGUCACACCGCGAGCCGAGCCCCGCCAGCAGUGUGCAGGACGUGACGUCACACCGCGAGCCGAGCCCCGCCAGCAGUGUGCAGGACGUGACGCCACACCGCGAGCCGAGCCCCGCCAGCAGUGUGCAGGACGUGACGUCACACUGCGAGCCGAGCCCCGCCAGCAGUGUGCAGGACGUGACGUCACACUGCGAGCCGAGCCCCGCCAGCAGUGUGCAGGACGUGACGUCACACUGCGAGCCAAGCCCCGCCAGCAGUGUGCAGGACGUGACGUCACACUGCGAGCCAAGCCCCGCCAGCAGUGUGCAGGACGAGCCCGCUCACACACCCGCCGAGGAACAAGCCCAAACACACGAUACUCGCCCUACACACACCACACACAACUCUAGUAUAAUCACACAUCAACAGGAACAUGUCGCACCACAAACGAAUAAGAAGACCUACUGUUGCGACAUGUGUACUCUGCAAUUUACGUCAAAACUUAUUUUAAUCCGACAUAUCAGAACACAUUCACACCCGGAACAUACAUGCAGAGUUUGUAAUGAAACAUUUGUAAAUAACUUAUUACUGAAUAAGCAUUUAAGAUUGCACUCAGGGGAGAGACCGUACACGUGUAGAGAAUGCAACAAGCGAUUUGCAACAAAAAGCAUUUUGUAUAUACAUAGAAGAAUCCACACUGGAGUCAAACCAUACAAAUGUAAAGAAUGUGACAAGCAAUUUACAAGAAAACAUCAUUUAGAGGCCCACAAAAGAGUCCAUAGUGACGUGAAACCAUACAAAUGUGAAGAAUGUCACAAAGAAUUCACACAAAAAUCUUCUUUAGUUGUCCAUGAAAGAAUCCAUAGUGGUGUGAAACCAUACAAAUGUAAAGAAUGUAACAAGCAAUUUACAAGAAAAAAUCAGUUAGAUAUCCACAAAAUAGUCCAUAGUGGCGUGAAACCAUACAACUGUAAAGAAUGUAACAAAAAAUUCACACAAAAAUCUUAUUUAGUUAUCCAUGAAAGAAUCCAUAGUGGUGUGAAACCAUACAAAUGUAAAGAAUGUAACAAGCAAUUUACAAGAAAAGAUCAGUUAGACAUCCACGAAAGAGUCCAUAGUGGCGUGAAACCAUACAAAUGUAAAGAAUGUAACAAAGAAUUUAUAGCUAAAUGUAUAUUAGUUAUCCAUGAGAGAACCCACACCGGAGAAAAACCAUACAAAUGUAAAGAAUGUAACAAACAAUUCAAAGGAAGGGAUGGUUUAAAGUAUCACGAAAUAGUCCAUAGUGGCGUGAAACCAUACAACUGCAAAGAAUGUAACAAAAAAUUCACACAAAAAUCUUCUUUAGUUAUCCAUGAAAGAAUCCAUAGUGGUGUGAAACCAUACAAAUGUAAAGAAUGUAACAAAGAAUUUACAGCUAAAUAUAUAUUAGUUAUCCAUGAGAGAACCCACACCGGAGAAAAACCAUACAAAUGUAAAGAAUGUAACAAAAAAUUCACAAAAAAAUCUUCUUUAGUUAUCCAUGAAAGAAUCCAUAGUGGUGUGAAACCAUACAAAUGUAAAGAAUGUAACAAGCAAUUUACAAGAAAAGAUCAGUUAGAGAUCCACAAAAGAGUCCAUAGUGACGAACAGCCAUCCAGAUGUAAUGAACGUAACCAGCAAUUAAGUCAAAAAUAUAGUUUAGAGACGCAUAAAAUGAUUCACAUCGGAGAGAAGCCGUAUAGAUGUGAAGAAUGUAAGAACCACUUUACAUCAAAAUCUGAAUUAGAGAGACAUAAAAAAAUACAUACCGAUGAACAAUCAUACGAAUGCGAAAUAUGUGAAACAAUUUUCUACGAUGAAAUAAGUUUAAGGAAACAUUUUGAAACACAUAUAUCCAGGAUACCAUAACUUUCUUGUUUCGUAAAAUGGCUCAUAGUGUUUUAUUCGGAUUCAGUUAACAGAAUUUUAUUCUACUGCUAUUCACGUCACCAUAUUGCUGGGUACAUUUUCACAAACAAAAUAUCGUAUAGUCAACGAGAGAAGCAUGCUAACGUCUAUCUUACAAUUGCACAUGUGAAUACAAAUGGCAAGUUACGCAAAGUUUCCAAAAAGUUCGAAACGUUCUCGGAA